UUUCAUUACACAUAUGACAUGUAAGGGGAAAUAAUGUCAAAUAUUCGAUCUCAUGUUAAAAUUGUAAGUGUAUCCCAUUAAGAGAAAAAUAUAACAAAUCACUGAGCAAUGAGUGAAGAAAUAACUACAAUAAAAAAGGAUGGAUAUUCGAACCGAAUACAGACAAAAAAUGAUUCGUUUUUGAGUAUAUUGCAUGAUAAAAACAAAAUGAUAGAAAAAUUGCAGAGGCAGUUGCAUUUCCAAAAGUUGCAACUGAAAUAUUAUCUUGGGAAAACUUUCAAGAAUUCAAAAAUGGUGGAAUUAUCUAAAUCAUGUAACCCAUCAGUAAUGGAAGAAAAUAUACCAGUAACAUUAGCCAUAAAUCGUUUCUGCCUCAAAGUUGGCAUAAAGAGCAGAAUCAUCAUUUUGUACGAGCGUAUGUGCGAGAUCGAUGGAAAAAUCAGCAAUUUAUUACGCAUACAAGAAUGUCUGCUGCGGAGAGUGGUGGAGAAGAUCUGCGAAACGCUGAAGAGGGAAGACGGUAUAACUUUGCAGAUCCAGGUUCGGAACAUGCUGGCUAGUCCUGAGUAUUUGGGCCUAUUCAACAACCUGCUAAACGCAAGUGUGGGUCUGAGGAAGAACCUGGACACAUUUCGUAUUUGCUGCGAUAGGCUUCUUAUCAUAGAGGAAGAGAGAAAUUCAAUUGUUGAACAGGUUUAUAAUCUGCCAAUCGAGCAACGGACCAAUUGUAACUAUUUGAUCGGAAUCCAAAUCGAAAAAGUGCAACUCCAGAACAGGCUGAAGGAUAUCUUAAAGGAUCAAAGCGUCCUACGGAAAAGGAUCGAGCAGUUAAAUGAAAUCGAAGGUGAACUGAAGAACCUUCAAAUUGAAUAUAAGGUUGCCAACAGAAAUUGCACUGAACAUAUGACUGACAUGUUGCGAAGGGUGAACUUCGAAGCUUUGGGUCUCAUUGCAAAAUCGAAUCAGCAAAGGGAGAAAUACACCAAGGAAAUAGUGAAAUUGAAGUGCGAGAACCAGAAAAUAUUGAAAAUGGUGGAAAAAUUGAAAGUAUUCGUUGAGGAGAAGGAAAUAAAUCAAGAUUCUAUGAAGCUCGAUGUGGUUUACUCAGCUGGACUUUAUCAAGCGCUGGAUAGGGAAAUAAAUCAGGCCAUUCAGGAUAAUGAAAUGAACAAGGAUUCGAGAGCCGAAAAAAUAAAGAACGAAUGCAGGGAGCUGUCGCAGAAAUUGCAGAACGCCCGAAACGAGAACAAUUUGCUGGAACAUGAGCUCGAACGUGUCAAAGCGGAAUACACUGAGGCGAGACGGCGGUGGGAGUGCGAGCUGGAGGAGGCCAGAAGGGAGAAGGACGAGUACAAGGCCCAAGUUGAAGACCUGCAAGCCAUCCGAGCCGCCUACGCGCAGCUCGCAGACAGUCACGCCAGCAUGACGGAAGACAUGAGGGAGAGAACCAGCGGCGUUAUGAAGGGCAGAGACGCGGAGGAUCUGAGAAGAGUGCGCGAAAUAGAAUAUGAGAACAUGAAGUUGACGAAAGAAGUGGCUGAACUGAAGGAGGAGACGAAUAAGCAAAAAUCUAAAAUCCGAAGAUUAUCCGAGCAAAUCUUGAACCUCAACGGUAACAGCCAAAAGAUCCUGGAAAUCAUCCAGCUCGAAACCAAAGACGUUGGUUCCGGAGACGUGGGAAACGAAAACGAUUCUUAUCUACCAAAGACCAACUCCUGCAACUUAUGUGGAAUACGUUCGGAAUUUCAGAAGGUCGUUAUACAUCAGGAAAGUCAGAGGCCCAAAGAAUCCCAAGAAGAUGUCAGAAAGGAGGUUCAAAUCGUAAAACUACAGGAAAACACAACACCUAAAGAUUCUACCUAUAGCUCUAACGAAGGUCAAAGCAACACCCUCACUUUCAGUCUUUUGGAAUCUUCGAGUGACCAGAACGAAACGAAGAAUUCCACUGGAAGCAGAGAUUUUACCACACCAGAAAAAUCCAUAAUCAGCAUUGGAGGCUUGGAAUUCGAGGUGCCGAACAAGAACAUCGAAACAACCCUGGAGUUCCAUUCGAUCCAAAGGGAAGAAAGGGAAGACGGAAUCAGGGAUAUACUGGAUAAGAAUGACAAUGUUGAAGAAAUACUGAAGAUAGGAGAUAACUCCAUGGUUUCCGUCAAAGUUAGGUAUGUCCCACCUAGUAAGUUACCUAGAAGAACUUCUAAGAGGAAGAUCGUCGAGGAGCAACCUUCCGAAUUGGAGUUGCGAGAAGAUCGUUCGGAAGACGCCCUUCAGGCUACGUUAGCUCCGAUCAAACAGGUCAUCCAGUUGAAACCUUUGAAGAACCUCAACGCCUUGGCCAAAACGGAAGAAAGCAAGCCUCUGAAAGUCACCUACAGGAAUCUGAACGAAUACAGGUCCACCACGGAUUCAGAUCCGGCCACGGAGUCGCAGUCGAGUGAGAUCGAUAACCACGGUAAGAUGUAUGUUAGAGAGGUGAAGAUGAAACUGAGGGCUAUGACAGAUCGAAGGGAGGAAGAUGAACCGUUUCCGGUUGCCCAGUUUGGAACGGAAGGUAGAGUCAAAAGUUUGGGUCAUCUGGGAUUGUAAAUUUUCCGAACUGGUGUAUCCGGGGUUUUUGUACCGUUUUUUCUUCUUCAUUAUUUAGUUGUCCAUCUCCGAAAUAAAGAUUUUUCCGAAA